GGCGAUUGCCGUAAAUGCCGCCCGACUAACUCUCUUCACUCAAUGUCCAAGCCUCUGCUAGUCGUGUUAACGCUCGAACAAAUCUCAGUCUCUCAGCUAUCAACACCGACCAAUCGACAACACAGCGAAUAUGGCCAAACAAGUGGAGUCGACCACAAGUACAAAACUUGUCCGGGAUUCUGGAUACACCCACUGCAGGCAAUGUACAACCGGCCACGAAGCGUGGUUUGCUCGACAUGCCGCCUGAGGUCUGGAGCCGCAUCUGCAGGGAAGCUGUCAUUCGCACGGUAGAUACGCCAGUGGUUGCGCACUUGGAGCCCCACAAGAAUGAGGAUUCCGUCCGCCAACCGGCCAUAACUCGUACCUGCAGACAGAUUCGCGCCGAGACGCUUCCGACUUACUACUCAAACCUGUUCUCAUACUAUCCCGCGUUUGUGCAUAAAAGGGAUGCCCGGGACAUGGAACCCUUAAUUCAGUGGCUCACAAGCAUCGGACCAGCUAACCGGCAGCAUAUAGCUCGUCUAAGCAUAGUCGUGUUCCACCUGUUGGGUACAGCAGACUCCUUCGUCUCAUGGAUUCGCAAUCUGCUCGCGCCGCUCGGCUAUGAUGCGCGGGACGAGUUGCGCGUUCAACACAUUUGGACGAUGUUGGACAUUGUGUACGUCAAGCAUUGACCGCCAGAUCCACACGCGACCAUGCUAUCACUAUAAGCUCUUCUCUGUUACGGAGCGAGCAACGUGGAGGCUUGAGUUUCCGGUGUAGGCAUCACAGCAGCUACUGUGGCUCGGAAGGGAGACAGUGCGCGUGCCGCCAGCGCCGUAGUUGCAUCGGCUGAGCAGAAAAGACUU